UGCACCGCGAGUUGAUGCUGGCCAUGCUGAUGCACUCGUCCUGCCCGCGGGUCUGCCAGGCCGCCGCCAGCGCCCUGUCCACGCUGCUGCAGCAGAACGCCAGCUUCAGGAAGGUGCUGCUGGCCAAGGGCAUCCACCUCAACGCGCUGGAGCUGAUGCGGCGGCACGCGGGCGCCCCGGGGGUGGCGGCCAGCGGCUGCAGGCUCCUGGGCCGGCUGCUGGAGGGCAGUGACGCCUCCCUGGACACCGUGACGGCCGUGGUCCCCAAGAUCAUCGCGGUCAUGCGGAGCCACGAGGCCGAGCUGCCGGUGCAGCUGGAGGCCGCCCAGGCCGUCCUGCACGUGCUGGCGCCAGGCGGGCGCGAGGGGCGCGGGGGCCUUGCGCUGGACGAGGUCAGGGAGCAGUGCUGGCGGAGCGGCCUCCACGAGCCCGUCCUGGCGGCUCUGCGCAGGGUAGGUGCUGCCCCGGCGGCCUGCCGCCGGCCAGGCGCUGCGGCCGAGAACCCGGGCGCGCUUCCGCCCUGUGCCCGCUGUUCCAGCCUGUGCCCCUCAGGGGGCUCCUGGGGGCCGUUCCUGCCCCUGGCUGGGCUGGUCUUAGCUGUCCUGCGUGUGCGGGACAGUGGCUGA